AGAAUAGAUACGAUUACACGUGCUAUCGUGCUAUACUGCCUAUUCGAGACUCGAGUCUUGUGCUGUUGUGCAUUUGUGCUACGUAGUAAGUUACUAAGUUAGUAGUAAAGUUUUUACGUUGUACCUGAAAAUAACCUCCGUGCUUUGCACUUUCGCCGUCGUCAAAAAUGCAUCAGUUCAGUGAUGCAGAAGAUGACAAUUCCCCAUUGGUCAUUAAUGACAAUGGGGACAUAUCUAAAUUGUUUGGUGAAAUGACUUUUAAUAAUAAUGGCCGUAAGUUAUUAAAUGAUCAAAAUACAUAUGAUACUGAUUACUCAGACGACAGCAGUGACGAUGAAACACUUUUUGAUAAUGGAUGUUAUAGUAAAAAAGGUGCAAAUGAAAUUAAGGCUCAAAUUCAAUCUACUACUCCUAACCAACAGAAUAAAAACAUUAAAAUUAGUGAUUAUCAACCAUCAGACAAUCUAUUUAAAAAAUAUUUAGACAAAGUAAAUACAGAUCCGUAUGAAGGCCCUGUACUUACUCAUGAAGCAUCCAAUAAACUGAUGGAAAGUUACAAAAAAGCUGAUGCCAUGCGAUUUAGAAAUAAAGACAAGUGCGACAGAGCUACAGCUGAACAAGUUAUGGAUCCAAGAACUCGAAUGAUACUAUUUAAAUUGCUUAACAGAGGAAUGAUUGGACAAAUUGAUGGGUGUAUAUCUACUGGCAAGGAAGCCAAUGUGUAUCAUUCAACUUCAACUGAUAGUGAAAAACAUUAUGCUAUUAAAGUAUUUAAGACAUCAAUAUUGGUGUUCAAAGAUCGUGAUCGUUAUGUUACCGGUGAAUUCAGAUUUAGACAUGGUUACUGCAGGCAUAAUCCAAGAAAAAUGGUACGUUUAUGGGCUGAAAAAGAAAUGCGUAAUCUUGCUCGAAUGUAUGCAGCUGGUCUACCAGUACCUCAACCAAUUUUGUUAAGAUCACAUGUUCUAAUGAUGUCUUUUAUCGGUAAAGAUGGUUGGCCUGCUCCAAAAUUAAAAGAUGCUCGUUUGACUACGUCUAAAGCGUGCCAACUUUAUAGAGAUUGUUUAAUAAUUAUGUGGAAACUAUACAACAUUUGUAAACUUGUACAUGCUGAUCUUAGCGAGUUUAAUUUAUUGUAUAAUGAUGGCGAAAUAGUGAUGAUAGAUGUAUCUCAAGCUGUUGAACAUGAACAUCCAUAUGCUUUGGAAUUCCUUCGAAAAGAUUGUACGAAUAUAACAGAAUUUUUCCGUCACCAUGAUGUUGGUACAUUAACUAUUAAAUGUUUAUUUGACUUCCUCACUGAUCCCACCAUCACAUUAGAUAAUAUGGAAACAUGUCUUGAUCGUCUUCAAGCAAAUAUGGUCAACUCAGAUCCAUUAACAAAUGAGGAAAUGGUUGAACAAGAAGUAUUCAAAAAUGCAUAUAUACCAAAAAAUCUAAAUGAAGUUGUUGAUUUUGAAAGGGAUAUUAGUAUGGUCAAAUCUGGUCAAACUAGUGAAGAUUUGAUUUAUCAAAAAAUUGUUGGACUUAAAGACGAUUUAUCUGGACCUCAAAAUACACCAGCAAUAUUAGAAGAUGAUGAUUCUGAUACUAAUAGUAGUACAUCAGAAAAAGAGAGUAUUAAUUCUGAUGAAAAGAGUAAAUUUUCUAAUUCUGCUAGACCAAAAAAUGAAGAUGCUGAAAGCAAACGAUUAAGAAAAAAACAAGUAAAAGAUGAAAAAGCAGAUAAGCGGAAGGUUAAAUUGAAAAAACAUUUGAAAAAGAGAAAAGAAAAGACAACUCAGUGUAGAAAAAAAUAAUUAUUAUUUAGUUAUUGUUAAACAUGCUUUGGUAAUAAACGGUUAUACAUUUUCGAUCUA